UACAUUUCAUGCACAGGCUUCAGUGACGCCUCUCUGGCAAAUGCUUUCAUCUGAUAGCUUCAGCACCUGUUGUGUGAUUCAUAUAAGCUGAUUGUCCAUCAGAACCAUAACCCACAUUCACCUGUUCAUUCCUGGUGUGCUUACUUCAUUCUGCAUUAAAUAACCCAUCUGCAUGUUCUCAUUCUGCAUGUUCUGCCAAGCCUCAGGUCCACAGAGAAACAAUGCAAAAACAUAUCUGUACCUGUAACUUUUUUCUCUGUUUUCAAUUAAAAUAAAAAAUUAUUUUAAAAAAUCAUCAACCAUGAAUUCCAUGUCCUGGACAAGACUUUGCUGGUGGAUGGAUAUAUUUGAAGUUUGGGGUUCAUCCCUGAUCAGGGGGAAAACAAUCAAUCAAUCAAUCAAUCAAUCAAUAAAGAAAGAAAGAAUGCACUGAUUACAAAAACACACAUGCAAUAGCACUGCAUCGAUUUCACCACAUCAGUAAAUACAGCUCACAGAUCAGACUGCUGACGAGUGCAGCCGCUUAUAAAUUCCUGCAAUCCAGCAUAAAUAAACAAAAACUAACACAACACAGCAAUUCUUUCAGCUAAUGACACUAAAAGUGGUCUUAAAUCCACUAAUCUGCUUAAAGACAUGUUGUCUCUCAUCUCCAGAAGGCUCAGUUUAAGGCUCAGUCUCUAGACCUUAUGUGCAAAACAAUCAGAAAAUCAUCAGUUAAAUCCUCCGUACAGGUGACAAUGUGUCUUCAACCUCACUGGUGAUUAUAGUUGAUGCUGAUUCCCUUGAUAGCCCUCUGGUAAGUGCAGUUGUCUGUAAUGGUUAUAGUGACUCAAGAGGCACUGUGUGCUGCGUAAGUGCUUUAAGGGAGCGCCUUCGCUCACAAAUCACUAUGGACCAGCCCGUCUCGAGGCAUUGCUGCACCUACACUCUGAACCGCAGAGGAUGAUCUGCUACUCUAAUCAUCGAGCUCCUCUAAUGAACUUACAGCUAGUACAUUUUCAUUUAACGCACUGUGGGCACGAACAAGUGACUACCUGCUGAAAUAUCACCCUGGGAUUUAACACUUGCUCCAUGCUUCUUUGGGAGAGGAGCCGAUACAGGGGGCGGUCGGGCUGAGCUGCCCGGUGCCUGCUUCUUUUCUCUCCAAUGGAGGGCACAGAUCCGGAGCGGGGGACAGAGGAGCAGACGGAGGGAAAUUGGACCGGUGGUGAGGAGGAUGGGACACUGCAGUACCCCAGGGAGUGCCAUCAGAAUGGGGAGAAGAUGCCCUUCCAUCAUGUGACGGCAGGGCUGCUGUAUAAAGGCAACUAUCUGAGCCGCUCUCUGUCUGAACGCAGCGAUAGCGACCAGCUGGCUAGCAUCUCUGCAGAGGAACUGGAUGAAAUCCGUGAGGCCUUUAGGGUGCUGGAUCGCGACGGCAACGGCUUCAUCUCCAAGCAGGAGCUCGGCAUGGCCAUGCGCUCACUCGGGUACAUGCCCAGUGAAGUGGAGCUGGCUAUCAUCAUGCAGAGACUGGACAUGGAUGGGGAUGGACAGGUGGAUUUUGAUGAAUUCAUGACGAUACUGGGCCCCAAACUUCUGUCCUCUGAAACACGGGACGGCUUCCUUGGAAACACAAUAGACAGCAUAUUUUGGCAGUUUGACAUGCAGCGGAUAACAUUAGAGGAGCUCAAGCACAUCCUGUUCCAUGCCUUCCGGGAUCACCUCACAAUGAAGGACAUUGAGAACAUUAUCAUUAACGAGGAGGAGAGCCUGAAUGAGAAUUCAGGGAAUUGCCAUACAGAGUUUGAAGGAGUCCAUCCAACAAAGAAGAACCGACAGACAUGUGUGCGCAAGAGCCUGAUCUGCGCCUUUGCCUUGGCCUUCAUCAUCAGUGUUAUGCUUAUUGCGGCCAAUCAGAUGCUGCGCAAUGGAAUGGAAUAGCAACGCCACUGUGAGCAGGGGUGUGUGGGCGGAACCUGCAUGUGCAUGUCCGUCAGAGACGUCAUUCCCUUCUGCCUGAACACAAAAAAAGCCUUCAACCUGCAACCUUCAGACUAAAGAAACCAAACACCUCGUCAAAAGAAUGGUGGAGUGUUUUUCUGUCAGGAAUGGCAGCCAGCAGGGGCCAUGCGUUACUGAGUCUCCUCUCCACCUCACUGGCAGGGACUUUAAAGGGCUGACUUGUUCUCUCGUUUUUUCCCUUCUCUUCCCAUGCCAUCUCUGUUUCCUCAGUGCAAUAACCUGUAGAAGUCUGCAAGAACCUCUCCAACAUCCAAUUUUCAUCUCCCAUUUUCAUCAGGGAUGUGCUGAAGAGCUGCUUAUAGGCACAGACAUGCCGGCAAAUUGUCAAAGUUUUCAGUGGUAGUCACUCGCCUGAGUACUUUUUACAGCUUUGAGAAUCCAUAUGUCUAAACUUCUGUUUAUUAUUGGUGAGCUGUUUCUCCAUAUGGUCAGUAUGUGAAACAAGCCUGCUGAAAGAUUAUUCUUGAUAUUAUUUUAAUAGUAGAGCAGGGCUUUUGCUCAUGCCAUAUUGUUUGUGCUUAAUAUUCUAAAUCGAUGUUAGAUUAUCUUAAGGCCAGUUUAUCUCUGAUUGCCCUUGUAGAAAGACCUCUGGUGAUGCUCUUAUCUCUUAUGGUAUUUUCACACUUUGCCCAAACACUAGGACCUGGACCCAUAAUUGAUUCUGGGCUUGUUUGGUGGAAGGUGUCACACAGAAAGUUAUUUCCAAAAACUGCAGAGAAAUUACACAAGUUUUAGGGAUGCACCAGUGCAAUAACUGUAUCUGCAUCAGAGCAGUUACUGGCCUGACCCGCCGGAUUGGUAUCUUGGAUGUGAUAUAUUUUCCAUUCAAAUCCACUGAUGCUAUGCUCCUGGUGCUAUGCUUCCAUUCCAAUCCACCUAUGCUAUGAAUGCAUAAGACAUUGUUAGCGUCAUUGACUCCUGAUUGGCUGCUGACUCCUGCCAUUUACCUAUGUAGUCAGACUUAUUUCAUUCCCAAGGUUUGGAUGCAAUGAUGUUUGAGAUGCCUGAGCUGGCUUAAGACCUAUACAUACAAAUUUCUUGCCAAUUCCAACCCCACACCCCUGACAAAGCAUUAGGAAUUACUAUUACAGGAUUGUAAGGACAACUCACAGCAGCUCAGGAACAUCAUAUUAUAAGGCAUUUUUCCCCCUGAUUCAAACUAACAAGAAAAAAAAAAUCCUACACACUGUAGCUUUGGUGUAUUAUUUAUUAGUGUUUCUUCACCUUUAUUCCAAACUCUGGUUGAAGCUAUUUGCUUAUAUUCUAAAAGAAUGAAUAAUUUCUAUGAGUCACUUGGUUCAGUUGCUUUCUUUGUUCAAUGUAUCAAAGUAUUCCGUCUCCUCUGUAGACCAAAGCGUGUCUUUCCCCACCAUUUACUUUGUAGGACGCCCAGCCCCAGGAGCAAAUCGCUUUCACACAUGGCGCAGCCUGUUUUUGCGAACUACAGAACACCAUUUAUAAGUUUUCUGUUCCACACACUGGUUUAAAAAAGUCUUCAUCAAACAUUCCAAACUCCUACCAAACGUAUACCAAAAUACAACAGACAAAAGUGUGAAAAUGCCCUCAGUCUCCAGCCUGUGGUGGUAGUUGACAGUGGCUUAAUGCCUCCAGAUCAAAGCUGCUCUCUGAGCUUCUCCUUUCAUCACAGUAAACCCUCAAUAACUAUUAGAGUGAUGUUUCAUUCCAGAAACAUAAUCUAAACUGAAACAUAUAGGAUGAAAAUAGGUUUUAACUUUUGUGUCAGACUGUUUUUUUGUAUUCCUUGUGGAUGUAAUUUUACCAGAUUUUUAAAAGUCUUUUUUUUUUAAUGACCAUUUAUAUUUGACUGCAUUUCUCUGCAUUUCUUCUGUCUAACUGCAGAAUGGUACUGUGGAUUUUAUGGCAUGUCAUCCAUAAUCACAAGCUUUUUCAACAAUGAAUCGUUAAUUUGCUUGGUUUGACAACCGGGCCUGUUCUGUGUCUGAUGCAGCUCAUUUUAUUUGUGUGUUUUGUUUUGUUUUUUUUUGUCCAUGAGAAUACUGGUCUCCUGUAUGUGUAAGCAGCUCUUUCUCCCCUUCUUUUUUUAAAGGACUUUGCUUCAUAAUGCAUGUGAUCUUGUAAAACUGUGUACAUAGAUGUCUCAUGUAGUCACCUGUGUUAAGUGAUAUGUAUAUGCAUGACUGUGGACAGAUCAGUAUUUUCUGCACAGACAGUGUCAGUGGGCACAGAGGGGGCGGCUGAACCCAAUACCAAUGCGCCAGCUAUCAGCUCCUCCAGUAGCCUUUGACUAAAGCCAUAUUAGUCUGCACAGAUGUACUGGGAAACACACAUGCAUUUUCUACUCCUUUAACAGCGAGAACUGCUGAUGUGUGUGUGGAGAAAUACCAUCACUCUUUUGCACGGAAAUGCUAAUCCUCAAGCAAGGAUUUGUUGAGUUCAAACAAUUACCGUGGCUCCAUCUGGUGGUUCAUGUAUGAACUAAUUCCGUAACAGUAUUAGGUAUUGUGUUUGUCCUCAUGUUGUCUGUCUCAAUUGGAUAAUAACAUUAGCUUGUAGCAUUUGAUUAUAUAAAAGCAGGGAGAGGAAAUGGGACACUGUACCAUAUGUGUUUACAUAAGUAGAUUAUUUUUAUUACCACCAUUAUGGAGUAAGUGUGCAGAUCUAUAGCUAGACUGUAUUCAGGAGAGAAUGUCGUUCUACAUGUGCAUUAUACUUUUGGAUUGAAUGUUUUCAUUAUUUAUAACGGAGUUGUUACAUUUAAGACAUUUAAAAGGUCCUACACUGGAAAUAAAUUUUAAUUCGUCCUUUGGUGUGGAUAUUUUUAAAAAGUGAACAUGAAUAACUGGAUGGAGCCAAUGAUUCAGAAUUAUUAUUAUUAUUAUUAUUAUUAUUAUUAUUAUUAUUAGUUUGUAAUAGUAAUAACAAUAUUGAUUAAGGGGAUAAUUAUUUUUUUAUUAUUAAUAGAAAUAUGUUGGUGGAUUAUCAUAUUGGUUCAAUGGCUUGCCAGCUGUAAAAUUUUAUGUGUAGAUUUAUUAUGGGUUCUUCUCUCUACUCUAAUUGAUGCCUCCUCGCCUCAUCUAUCCUACAUCCUUCAGGAAAGAAAUCGAUUAUAACUGCCAUCAUUAAGGACCUACCAACACUUUAGACAUAAUCAGAGGAUUUGUGGAGAUAGGAAGCUUCUUGAGUGAAAACACACACAGACUUUAAAGUCUUUUAAAGAGCAUAAUGCAAGCCUAGGGUAUAUGUUCUCCACUUCCACCUUUACAUCUGGAACAUUGUGCAAGCCUCCAUGUAUCUGACACUUUAUUUCAUGCUGAAAAUAUUAUUGAAAUAUUUAAAUAAUUUAAAUUGAACGAAGGCCACAACAAAUGCAAACGUGCAUUGAAUGUGCAUUGAGAAAUACCUACCCACUUAAGAAGUCAGUUUAUAAUACACUUGUAGUGGCAUAAGCAUCAGCAUUUAGUCAUGCCCUGUGUAUACGAAAUAAUGUUUCCACUGAAGUUAAUCCAGUUUGUAAUCACACCGUGUUGUGUGCAGAACAUCAUCAAUAAAUGUCAUCACUUUGAAGAAACGCUUCAUUAACAAAGACAUCUCAUUAGGAAAAUAUUUUUGCCAUCGAUUCCUCUGUCUACACAUUCCAUCCCUGCAUCCUCUCCUCACAUCCUCAGAAAGAUGAGCCAAGAUGUGGGGAAGAGAAGCAAGGAAAGGAAACGAGGAAGCACAAUUAGAAAUGAGAAGAGCCCUAUCUCUAUUUCAGACACACACAUACACACACAUACACAUACACAAACACACAUAAGCCAAAUAUGCAUGCAGAAUAUAUAUCCACAUAGAAUAUUACUACCAUAGGAGUUGUUAUAAGAUUCUAGAUAAUACUGUAAAUAUGAAAAUCUGUAUAGAAUAAAUGCAUAGCAAUGAUGCAAUAAAAAAUGUUUUAUAGAA